AUGGCUGACACCAAAGAACAACUCGAUAACAUAUAUGGCGACGAUAAAGUCCGAACAAAGUCGUUUGUCGACUCCCAACUUAACACUUUCCUUGAUGGCCACAGAUUUCAAGUGAACCAUACGGCAGAAUUCAACUUGGGGCGUUUUAAUAAGAACGUCAGUAACCCUAUGUUUGCCAACUUCAGUCAGUAUGCCACAUAUGAGGACUUGGUUCGAUCUCCCUCUAACGACCCAAAUCUGUACGCGCGUUUGCGUUGUCAUACCAUGUCAAAGCUUGAGGAGGCUUUUGAUGACCUCAUCAAGGCCUGUUAUAGACAAGGGCGUAACGACUCGCCUUUCGACCCACCUCCAGCUACUCCUCCCGCGAACUUCGAACCAAGACCUAGGCCCAUCUGGACCAAGGAGUUCAUGCUUUCGGCGUUGCGUCAGUGGCGUUACAUGCCUAACAAGGUUAAAACCGGUAGUGGCCCCCAGGGCAACAAAGAUCUGCCCUGCUGGACGGAAAUUAAACACCUGGACACAAACUAUGGUAUUCCGAACCCCUUUUGGGCCAUCCACACCCUGGUGAAAGCGACAAUGGAUGUGGUACCUUCUUCCAACAAUGAGGAGCACAUAUCUACUUUCAACAAGACCAAUUACGAGUCUAAGUACUAUGCGGACCAUUACAUUUCGUACCUUAGAGGCUAUCAGACUUUCAUGGAGAAGAAUGGUGUCACUGUGAUCGAUGAUAAGCUGCUCACUAAGUUUCAGGAUGACUUCUUGCCACAGCAUAAGGAUCAAGGUAGGGAUGGGUAUGAUUCACAGCUCUACUUGCUCGCAGACGCGCGGCGUUGUAGCCGUGAUGGCCUCCCCACACCUCACAUUCCUCCUGCUGUCGCUAGCGCAUGGAAUACUUUCUCCGAUCUUCAGCUUUAUCUAACUACGUUAGGUAACAAAUUUCGGAGAGGGGGAGGACAUACAGCAUGCUACAGAAGUCCAAUGCCAAUGAAAUAUAGCGUACACAGUCUUAAUGACUCAUCAUCUAUGCAAUUUGGCACAAAACCCGGCAGAGCGCUUAUGGCUGGUGCAUUCAACUCGGAAUGGGUUGAUGGAGUCAAAGUCACUGGUCAUGCUCUUGCAAUUCUCCAACAGCAACGUGAACAGCUUUAUGAACCUCGGGAUGAUCAAAAUGACCAUGGUAUUUUAUCCGAUAUUUUGGAUGAUCUCGACGAUUAUGGUGAUUUCGAUUCCAAGGAAGAUCUUCUGGCUGAUUACUCUGCUUUUGCUCUCCAUCAGCGUCAGCGUGGCGGAGGUAGACCUCCUCAAAGAGAGAAAGGUUACUACAACCGUUAUGAUGACCGCAUCGAAGAAGUCAGAAAGCGAAUAAGAGAUAAACUCUCGAGAGCCAAGGAUAAUCUUGACGAUGCUCAUAAAUGGAACAGAAGAUCGCCAGGCAACGCGCGUGUUGUCCCAUAUUAUAAUGAAAAGGCAAGUAGGACCCCUGAUCUUAGCUCUGGAAAACGAGCCAUGGUAAAACCCUGGCAGGAAGGUAAAAGGUUACAGGACGCAAAGUCUCGUCAAGACUGGAAUGCUGUUGCGGAGGUUGACAAAGAACUUGCUCAAGCUUUAUCUACUUAUCAGCAACCACCUGAACUAGCUAGGGAAGAUCCAGACAAACCUACUCGCCAAGACAAGCAAGAUAAUCUCAUCUGUGCACUUUUAGACGUUUUGGAUGUGGCUAAACACGCUAAGAUGAGUCCUGAAGCUACUGCGGCAGCACUGGCCGUCAUGAAUGAUAGAUUCUACAACACACCUGCUGGCGAAGACGAAGAAGACGAGGAAGAAGAGUUGAAAGGCGACUCUCAUGUCAACUUUGUCGACACAGCAACCGUUCAGUGCUACCUCACUCAGGGACCCAGGACCAAUGUUCUGAGACCAUGUUAUUGUAGAGAAGUUAAGAUUGACACUGGCUCAACUUUUGAUCUAGGUUGGUCUGGCACUACUGAUCCUCAAGAUGCGCGUACUCUUGUGUGCUAUGGGCUAGGGAUGGUUCAGAAGCUACAGGAACCUCCUGUGGUGCCAGAUCUAGACUUGGCACUUCCAGGUCGGCCAAACUUAGCUGUCCGUGUUUUGACGUUGGAAAAUCUUGUUGCGGACUUGCAGGAACGCCUAGCUCGAUUGGAGACAUAG